UUCCAGAGCCUGGAUUAUGAUCCGUGCGAAAAUUACCUCCUACAGGACGAGGAGAGGAAGAGAGGCUACAAGUUUAUCGUUAGAAAGAAUUUUGCCAGGUGGUUCAUCUUCCUCUUGAUCGGGAUUUGCACCGCCCUCAUAGCGUGCUUCGUAGAUAUACUGAUAGAGGAAUUAUCCAGCCUAAAGUACGGCUCGCUUAAGAAAUAUGUGGACCAAUGCGCGAUGCAAGGCUGCCUGUGGUUACCAUACAUGAUGUGGGUGGUGCUGAACGUAGUGCCAGUUUUAAUAGGCGCCGUCUUAGUGUCCUACGUCGAGCCUGUCGCCGCGGGGAGCGGCAUUCCGCAAGUCAAGUGUUAUUUGAACGGAGUCAAAAUACCGCGAGUCGUGCGCAUCAAAACUCUAGCUGUGAAAACCAUCGGCGUUAUAUGUACCGUGGUCGGGGGCCUGGCGGGAGGCAAGGAGGGCCCUAUGAUCCAUUCCGGUGCCGUCGUAGCCGCGGGGAUCUCUCAGGGUAAAAGCACCACUUUUAAGAAAGACUUGAAAAUAUUCGAGUACUUCAGGGAGGAUCAUGAGAAACGAGACUUUGUAGCCGGGGGCGCCGCGUCCGGCGUAUCGGCCGCUUUCGGGGCACCCAUCGGCGGAGUCCUGUUCAGUAUAGAAGAGGGCACUAGCUUUUUUAAUCAGAGUCUCACAUGGAGAACGUUCUUCGCCAGCAUGAUCACCACGUUCACUUUGAACGUGAUCUUGAGCGCGUACCACGGACACCUUGGAGACCUCUCGUAUCCCGGCUUGUUGAAUCUUGGAAAGUUCGACUCGAUCCCUUAUCAGAUCUACGAGAUACCUCUGUUCAUGUUGAUGGGCACGUUCGGCGGGUUGCUCGGCGCUCUUUGGAACCACGUCAAUUACAAGAUCACCUGCUUCCGUUUGCGAUUCGUGACGCAAAAGUGGCAGAAAGUGAUCGAGGCUCUCCUGGUGGCGAUCCUAAGCGCGACCAUGGGAUUCCUGAUGAUAUACUUCGUCAACGACUGUAAGCCGUUGGGCAACGAUCCCACCAAGUUCCCGGUUCAAAUGUAUUGCGCGGAAGGGGAGUAUAACGCGGUCGCCUCUCUGUGGUUCCAAACCCCCGAGAGCAGCGUACGAUCCUUGUUUCAUGAUCCUAAAGGAGCUCACGAUGAUAUGACGCUAGCCAUUUUCGUUGUCUUGUAUUUCUUUCUCGCUGCCGCGACCUUCGGCCUAUCAAUGUCGAGCGGCCUUUUCAUUCCCUCUCUAUUGAUCGGAUCCGCAUGGGGUAGAUUAAUUGGAUCGGGUCUCGCGAAGCUGUGCCCAACUUGCGUGGUAUUGGAUCCUGGCAAGUACGCUUUAUUAGGUGCUGCCGCGCAAUUGGGAGGAGUAGUCAGAAUGACGAUAAGUCUAACCGCGAUCUUAAUAGAAGCAACUCAGGGAAUAUACUUCGGUUUGCCGGUCAUAAUAGUCCUCAUAAUGGCAAAGUGGGUGGGCGAUUUCUUUAAUGAGGGAAUUUAUGACAUUCACAUACAAAUGGCAGGGAUUCCGUUACUUCCUUGGGAGCCGCCUCCGCUCUCAAAUAACAUAUACGCAACCGAGAUAAUGAGUCAUCCCGUCGUGGCAUUGAAGACCGUCGAGAAUGUCGGGCAUAUCGUCGAGCUUUUGAAAUGCGUUACCUUCAACGGAUUUCCGGUGGUCGAUCCACCAAGUAGCGAUCAGGCCGAGAUAGUUUCUUACGGGCGACUACGAGGUCUAAUAUUGCGUUCGCAGUUAAUAGUACUUUUAAAAAACAAGGUAUUCAACGAGUACGAGGAAUUUUGGGAGAAACCUUUAAGCAUAAAAAUGUUCCGAAACGAGUAUCCUAGGUAUCCAACCAUCGAGCAAGUCGCUAUCACCGACGAGGAGAAAACUUACACGAUUGACUUGAGACACUUCAUGAAUCCUUCUCCCUACACAGUACAACAUUCUGCCACACUGCCAAGAACAUUCAGGCUCUUUAGAGCACUGGGAUUACGUCACGUGCCAGUAGUAAAUGAUACAAACGAGGUGAUUGGUAUUAUCACUCGCAAAGAUGUUGUGAGAUUCAGGAUAUGGAAGCACCGUGGGAGAAUGGGAUUGGACGAACUUUUAAUCAGUAACAAGAUGUAGUUUUUUUUUUAUUUUAAUUUUACUUUCCUCGAAUUUUACGCGUUUAGGAGUCGUCUAGUCUAUUGCAAUAUCCCGAUGUAUUUUUAUCAUAAAAGACAUGUAUGUAUGUAUGUAUAUACACACAUAUAUAGCUAAUGAGGCGCGAAAGUAAGAUUAUAUAUAGAAAUGCAUAAUUGCAUUAAGGGAAGCAUGUCAAAGUCCUAUAAUUAUGCCCAGGCUCGUCCGGAUUGAAAUAAAUAUGUAGUCGCGCUCCCGCGGGAGCGUCCGGUCGAGACAAAGGGCAUAAUUAGGGUCGAGCUUCACAGGUAAGUUCGUUAUAAAUUAUUUAUAUAUAUGUGUGUGUGUAUGUACACAUAAGGCAAUUAGGCUUGUAUUUUAAUAAUGCCAAAGUUUUAAUUAUUUACAAACAAUUCCCACCCAAGCCAUGACCAAAGCUUGAAGAAAAGGUAUACAGGUAGAAUAACUAACAGUAAGAGAAAGUAGUAUUCGUACGACAUGUGCAUGUCGAGUGGCUUCGGCCGAUGUUUUAUCACGCCGAUUGCUUCUCCUCGACGAGACGCUGUUAUUUAUUUGAUACGCUACGAAUCUUUGUAUACGUAACCUGAAACAAAAACCAAGUAUUCUGUUGUACAAUGAAGAAAAUAGAUUUAUUUAUUUUUACAA